AUAUACAUCGGGAAGAAAUUUUAUCUUUACAAUAAACAUCAUUGAAUGUGCUUCACAAAUAAGUUUCAUAGGCAUUAAAAUGUACGGUCUUCUGUUUGAAAUCUUGAGACAAUAUGUUGAAUCAACAUUUGGAACAUCUAUAUGGUUGUCAGCAAUUGAGAUAACUAGUGGACAAUAUCAUGAAAUAAAUACAAGGCAACAUUAUUCAACAAAUUUAUUACGUAAUAUUGUUCAAAAAUUGAGUAAUUUUACUGGUUUACCUGAAGAAGAUAUUUACUUUGAUUUUGGUGGAUCAUCAGUAAAAUUUUUAACAGAUUAUGGUUAUGAAAAAAUUUUAAGAAUAUUAGGAAGUCAAUUUGUUGAUUUUUUACAUAAUAUCGGUGAAUUACACGAAUAUUUACGUUAUUCAUAUCCACGUAUUAAACCACCACAUAUAAAAGUUAUUUCUAUUACUCAAAAUGUUAUUGAAUUAGAAUAUAUAACUAGACGUAAUUGUUUUGCAGAGUUUCUUCGUGGACAAUUAAUCUGUUUCGCAAGAUUUUAUUACAAUUUAGAUAUAACAGUGAAGUUAAUUGGACAAAAGAAAUGUGGUCUACAAUUUGCUUAUAUUUAUAAAAUUUACAAUCGUGGCUUACCAUGGAUUAAUUUAAUUAAAAAUGGUACAAAAUGGGAUAGAGACUAUUAUAAUCAUUCAUUAUUGGAUUUAUCAGUUACUGUUUCAGAGAAUAAUUUAUUUCCUAUUAUACCAUUUCAUUUAGUGAUUACACCAAACUUGAAAAUUAUGCGUGUUGGAUCAAGUAUUUCAACAAUGCGAAAUGAUCUCUUGGGAAAAGAUUUUUUCUCAUGUUUUAGAAUUUCUCGACCAAAGAUUAAACCUGAAUACCAUGAGAUUUGUGCUUAUCAAUUUACCACUUUUGAACUCAUUCUCCUGGAUCUUAAACCUAAGAAUAGUAAAUCUUCGAAUGGUACUACUAACCUACAAGAAGUUUGUCGAUUUAAAGGAGAAAUUUAUCAUGUUGAAGAAUGGCAAAUGCUCCUAUUCCUUGGUGCACCAUUGAUUCGAGAUACUAAACAGCUGUUGGAGAAGUCGCUCCAUAUAUCCGAUCUGAAUAUGUUCGACCGCAGUCGUGAAAUAAUAUUGGAAGGUAACCAACAGUCUCAAGAACUAAUAAACCUUUUUAAAAAACAACGUGAAGAAAGUAAACAGAUGGAGAAAAGUAUGCUACGUUUGGAGGAAACCAGAAAAAUGACUGGUGACUUACUCUAUCAAUGCAUACCAAGAGCAGUGGCUAGAAAAAUUCGUAAUGGUACUCCAGCAAUCGAAACCAUUCAGGUUUUUGAUGAAGUUACAAUAUGCUUUACAAAAGUAGUGAAUUUUGCUGCAGAAUGUAUGCAACGACCAGUUGAACAAAUGGUUGAACUACUGAACAGAAUGUACACUCUAUAUGAUACUUUGACUGAAAAUCAUAAAGUUUAUAAGGUGGAAACAAUUAAUGACAGUUAUAUGUUAGCUUCUGGAGUACCAAGUCGAACACCACUACACGCUGCACACAUCAUCGACACAGCAUUAGAUAUUAUAGAAACAACACUAGCCAGUCUCUUUUGGCCAGAAACUGUUGAAAAUACACCACCAGGUUCUAAUAAUAAAACUGUGUACACAGAAGAACACUUACAUCUUUACAUUGGAUGUCAUACUGGUCCAGUUGUUGCUGGUGUAGUUGGUUAUAAAACACCAAGAUAUUGUUUAUUUGGUGAUACAGUGAAUACUUCAAGUCGAAUGAUGAGUCAUGGUCUACCGAAUCAAAUACAUGUCAGCGAAUCCUGUUAUCAAGCUCUAUCACCUUAUCCAUAUAUGGUGGAAAGUCGAGGAGUAAUCCCAAUAAAGGGAAAAGGCGACAUGAGAACAUAUUUCGUCACAGGUCGAAAAUCAGAAUUUAUCAUACAGGACACAAGUGAUAAUAUCAAUCUCAGUUUUGCUGAUAUCCUCAAAGAAGACCUGCUCAGAGAAGACGGAUCACCGUCAGAAAACUCACAAGACGCAUCUGUCAAAAUAUCCUUUAACUUAUCUAAUAGUAGUGAAAAUACUAAAACCUCACCAUCUGAAUCAUCCCGAGAUGAAAUAGAAGAACUGGAAAUGGAUGUUAUUACGAAUGAAAAAGAUCUAAAAAUGAUAAGCACUAGUAGAACAUUUGGUAGUGAGGAAAUCAGACAUUUAAGUGGUAAUUAUACAUCAAGUGCGAAGGAAGAUAAAAUUCAUGAGCCACCUCUCAUUCAGUUAACUGAUGACAGCGAGAUUUUGGAAAACGUCAGAGGUAAUGCUGAUUUUGUUAACAGUCAGCAUACAACAGAGGUUCUGAAUCAAGCUGUGCGCCGUCUAGUGAUACAGAAAGUUAGGGAAGAGAGAAAUGAGCAGCAGAAGAAGACGCAGAACAUAACAUUUAACCUAGAGAAUAUACAAGAAAUCCGGAAAGAACCACUCAAUAAACCAAAAUUGCCAACAGUACAGAGGAAGGUGGAUGAAGCAACUCAUUUCAAGUCUACGCUCAGACCACUUGAAGAAGUAGAAGUGAUUAACUUGAAUUCGUUAAAUGAUAGGUGCUCUGAUUCGUCUACUGUUAAACUAAGUGUCAAUUAUCUGGGUAGCAAUAAGUCAACCACACAAGAACCGAAUACCAGUGGAGGUUUUACAAACAACAACGGAAGUUACACACUGAAUAAAAACAAUCGUAAUGAGGCCAAAGCUGUUCAGAAAUCUGUUGGUGUGGUUAUGCGAAAUCGAUUGGAUCCGUUAUCAAUGCUACCAUCCUGUUCUCCCCAAGCAUCUAUAUUGCGUGAUAUAGCUUCAAAGUUAGCUAGAAGGAUUGAUGAAAACAUUAAAGCUUUCUGGGAAGAAAAUAUUCGUAAACUACGAGAGUUAGGCUGUUGAUGUUUGCUUUGAAUCGUCCUGUUUUGUUCAGUCGUCUUAUUCAUCAUCCAUCGGAUUAUUUAUCGUCAAAUCGAAGAAUCUCAUUAUUUAUUACGUUAGUAGCUAAUAAACUACACAGUAGAUAGUUAAUUCACCAGUUAACCAAGUCCACAUUUGCAUCAUAUCAUGUUAAUUUCACUUGUUGCAAUGCAGUUAUAUCGCUUCUUCUUUAGUGAAUUGUUACAUGAUUUGCAAUAUUAAAAAUUAUCUGAAUU